AUAGUUCACGCGCUUCAGUAACGCGGCUGCAUCAGCGUGUUACCUCUGCAGGUGUCUGCAGGUUACCAUGACAAUGGAAUGACAAGCUUUCAUAAAUAUUUGCAUGGAAGAAGUGCAUCUAUUGGACUGUAAACCUGCUUGUACCUGCAUGAAACCUCAGACUCAAUUGGACCGGCUCCUGCAGUGAAAUUACAAAGAGAGAGAGAGAGACGCAGGGAGGGGCAUAGGGGAUGUCCCACUCGGGACAGCUGUAAAGUAUCUGUUGUUCUCGGCAUCAGUGACUCACCUUGUGAUACGACUGCAAAGAGUCGACAUGGCUUCUCCAAGGCAGUAUGGUCGAUCAUCUGUGGACAUAGCCAAUGUGAUGCAGAAGCUGCAGGAUGAACAAGAAGCAGUACAGAAGAGAACCUUCACAAAAUGGAUCAAUUCUCAUUUAGCAAAGCAUAAACCACCUCUGGAGGUAAAUGAUCUUUUUGAGGACAUCAAAGAUGGGGUGAAGCUGCUGGCGCUGUUGGAAGUCCUGUCUGGCCAAAGACUGCCCUGUGAGCAAGGCCGACAGCUGAAAAGGAUACACUGGGUUUCCAACAUCGGUACUGCGCUCAAAUUCCUCGAAGGCAGAAAGUCUGUGUAUCGAGGAUCACCGAUUAAACUGGUCAAUAUUCAUGCCACUGACAUCGCAGAUGGACGGCCAUCAAUUGUCCUUGGUUUGAUGUGGACUAUUAUCCUCUACUUUCAGAUUGAAGAGUUAACGAGCAACCUGCCAGCUCUACAGGCGCUUUCUAACAGCAACUCAUCUGUGGACAGCACAGCCAGCUGUGAAACAGGAAGCCCCCCCAUGAAGAGGAAGGUCGUAACCAAAUUCCAGGGCAAUGCUAAAAAGGCUCUGCUCAGAUGGGUGCAGUGCACCGCCGCCAAGGAAUUUGGAAUUGAGGUGAAGGACUUUGGACCCAGCUGGCGUGAUGGUGUCGCGUUUCAAGCCGUAGUUCACGCCAUCAGGCCUGAUUUGGUCGAUAUGGAAGUGGUGCGACGGAGAAAGAACCGGGAGAAUUUAGAGGAGGUUUUUUCACUUGCGGAAAAUGAGCUGGGCAUUCCUCGCCUGCUGGAUCCAGAAGAUGUGGAUGUUGACAAGCCAGAUGAAAAAUCCAUCAUGACAUAUGUGGCUCAGUUUCUCAAGCAUUACCCAAACCCCAAACAGUCUGAGGGGGGUGGACAGCAGGAUGAGCUGCUUCAUGGCUCUCCUCCAACUCUUGCAUUGUCAGUUUCAGUGCUUCAGAGGGAAGAGAGGAAGAUGCUUAGGGAACUGAAGGUGUUUGUAGAUCAGCUGGAGAGAGAUUUGCUGCGUGCCCAGGCCACAGAGGGAAGCCUCACUGACAAAUACCAGGGAUUCAAAAACUUUCAUGUCCAGUAUGAAAUGAAGAAAAAGCAGACAGAUCAGCUGCUCCAGCCUGUUCAUAAGGAAGGAAAGCUGUCAGUGGAUCAGGCCCUGGUCAAGCAGGCCUGGGACCGUGUCUCUGCCCGGCUGUUGGACUGGCACAUUCAUCUGGACAAGUCCCUGCCUGGCCCCCUGGGGGUGGUGGGAGCCUGGCUUCACAGAGCGGAGUUGGCUUUGAGAGAGGACAUUCCCCUCCAACAUGUUCACGAAGAAACGGCCAACGUUCUGCACAGAAAACUGGAGCAGCAUAAGGAAGUUUUAAAAAGCUUGGAAUCGCACAGACAGACUUUCAUGCAGAUCCACAGAGACAGAUCAGUAAACGGGGUACCGGUGCCACCCGAACAGCUCCAAGACAUGGCAGAAAGGUUCAACUUUGUGUCAACAUCAUCGCACUCUCACUUGAUUAAACUAGAAUUCUGGGAAAUGAAGUAUCGAUUGAUGGCGUUCCUUGUUUUGGCUGAAGCAAAACUCAAGUCCUGGAUCAUAAAAUAUGGCCGACGGGAGUCAGUUGAACUCCUGCUGCAGAGCUACCUUACUUUUGUUGAAGGCCACAGAUUUUUUGAGCAGUAUGAAAUCAUCUUUACCGCCCUGAAGCAAGCUGCAGAGGUUUACAUCAAGUCAGACAGUUCAAGGACUAAAACCUGUAACAAAGUUGAUGAAGCAGAAGGUGUGAGCAAAUUCCUGACUGAAACAACAGCUCAGUGGAAGAACCUGGCCCUGGAGGUCCGAAGUGUUCGCAGCAUGCUCGAAGAAGUGAUCUGUAACUGGGAGAAGUAUAGCAGCUCUGUGGCAUCACUGCAAGCCUGGCUGGAGGAUGCUGAGCAAAUGCUCAGCAAGUCAGAGAAUGCCAAGCGUGAUUUUUUCAGGAACCUUUCUCACUGGAUCCAGCAGCACAUGGACAUGAACGAUGCUGGCAAUUUUCUCAUUGAAACGUGCGACGAAACCGUCUCGCGAGAUCUAAAGCAGCAGCUUCUGCUGCUGAACGGUAGAUGGAGAGAGCUAUUUGUCAAAGUCAAACAUUAUGCAAGAGCAGAUGAAGUUGAUAAAUUAAGACAAGACUAUCAAGAUGGGAUUAAGACCUUAAAGAUGUUUAUGGAUGCAACAAACGAGAAGAUGACCGCUCCUGUUCAAGUAUCUUUCCUUAACGUCAGGGCCUUUGUUCAAGAUGUGGAGGAAAUCAAGCACAAAGUGCCAGCAAUGGAGGCAGCCUGCAAGGCCGCAAGCCGCACCGCCAGGCUGUUGACCAAAGACACUCCACAAGAGGAGAUUUCUCAGAUGAUGGAUGUGAUGGCUUCGAUCAAAGAGCAGCUCAGUAAGGUGAGGGAGAGGUUUCUGCCUCUGCUAAGGGAGUCUCAGUCUCUCUUACCUCCACUGGAGGAAAUGGAGAGGAACAUCACAGGCUUUUACCAAGCUCUGGAGAAGGCUGGCCGUAUCACCGGCACCACAGACUCUGAGGGACCAGUAGAUUUUAAACAGAAUUGCCAGGAGCUGGCGACCUUCACACACAGCUGUAAGAAGUGCCUGACAGUAAUAGAAAGAAACCAUCAAACUAUCCAAAAAAUCAUGAACACCAGUAAAACCCUGCAGCAUAUGGACAUGAGUCUGUUGCAGAAGAGAGUGGCAGAUUUGCAGACUUCGUCACAGAACAUGAUUACGGAAUCAACAGAGUGGCGAAAGCAUGUGGAAGCAAACAGCAGCCUCAUGAAGAGGUUUGAUGAGUCACGAGUCGAGCUGGAGAAAGUCCUGAAAGCGGCCCAGAACUGUCUGACAGAAAGGGGCAACCCGGAGGAACUGCUGAAGAAACACACAGAAUUCUUUGGACAGCUGGACCAGCGGGUUUUGAACACGUUCCUCAAGGCUUGUGACGAACUGACGGAUAUUUUGCCUGAGCAGGAGCAGCAGUGUCUGCAGGAAACAGUUAGAAAGCUGCACAAACACUGGAAGGAUAUACACACGGAAGCCCCUUUUCAUCUCCUGCAUCUGAAGGUGGAGGGCGAGAGGAACAAGCUGAUGGUGUCGUUGCAGGGGUGCCAGGCAGAGCUGACCAGGGAAAACCGGCACCUGGCUAGCAUGGGGAGUGAGAGGCUCAUCAAGGAGCACAGGGCGUUCUUUAGGGAGAAGGGUCCUCAGUCUAUAUGUGAGAAAAGACUACAGUUGAUGGAAGAACUGUGUCAAAAGCUACCUGAGGGGGACCCAGCUCAUCAGAUUUUGGACACGGCAAGAAGGGACUUUACUGAGGUGCAGGAGGAAAUUGAAAACACCCACCAGAAGCUAAUGCAGCACCAAGAUAAAUGGAAGGAGUAUGAUGCAAGGUAUGCCGAACUGUCUUGUUGGCUUAUAUCCAAAGAAAGCCAACUGAGGCUUCUGAGAAACCGAGCCAGUGACCCCAGAAAAUACAAUCAGGUGAAAUCCACCAUCACGGAGUUGAGAAAUGAGGCAGAGCUACAGGAGGGGAACCUUGCUUGGCUAAAAGCCCGUAUGGCUGUACUGAUUGAAAUCUGUGCUGACAGUGAUGCCCAAAGGCAGGGAAGCACUUUGAACAAACUCUCUGCUGAUUUUAAGGGUCUCCUUGCCUCUCUCGUUGAGGCGGAGAAGAUGGUGCUUGCAGUUGGGGAUUGUGUGCAGUUCAGAGAGGAAGUACAGGCGACUUUGGAGGAUCUGGAUCAGGGGCAGAAAGAAGCUCAGGCAGAGGCCACCAAAAUACUGGAUUGUUCUACUUCAAGAGAAGCCCAACAGCUGCUGCUCGUUCAUCAGCAACAGUUAAAGCGACUAAAACUAAAAAGGAAGGAUGUCCAGCAGCUGAUCACCAGAGGCCAGCAACUCCAGUCUGAAGAAGGACUGGGAGAGACUCUGCAGCAGGACCUGCAGACUUUAGAAAACACACUGGGCAAAAUGGAGCAGAGUAUGGAUUCACAGGAACAAAACCUCGAGGUUACUCUGGCCGCCUGGCAGGAGUUUGACAGUCAGCAGGAAGCAGUGCAUGAGUUUGUCAACAAAGCCCGCUCCACAGUAGAGAGAGAUGUUAACUUCAGCAGUCCUGAGAGCCUUGCCGUUGAACUGGAUCAGGCAAAUGUGAUGCUGAAGCAGUGCGAAGCGGAAGUCUUACACAUGAACACCUUACAGAAGAGAGCAACAGAAAUCCAGCUUGGUGCAAAAAGCAAAUCUCUUCUUCUACAGCAAGCUCGUUCUCUCAGUGAGCAGGUGGACAAAGUAGAAACCAGACUGAAGGAAGAGGUGAAGAAUCUGGAGGAAAUGAAAAAUCAGUGGGAUCGAUUUGGAAUCGGAUUUAUUUCAUUUUCCUCAUGGAUUUCUGAAAAAGAGAAACAGCUAGAUGCAAUAAAAUCCUCAAAUUUGCCUCUUGAGGAGCAGAUCAAAGCACUUAAGGAUGUUGAAGCAGAACUUGAAGAUCGGGCUGCAUCCUUUUCCCAGUUGGAGACAGACUCCCAAGCACUGGCCCAGUUUGUAUCGUCGGGCGAAGCAGCACGCAUUAAGGCCCGACUCACCCAAAUUGGGAGGUACUGGGAAGAGCUGAAGGAGAGUGUUCAGCAAUUUAAUGGGCAGCUAGAGGAAAGCUCCUCUCACCAACUGAAGUUUAAAUUGAACUUAAACAAGGUACAAUCAUCUAUUUCUGAACUUCAAGAAAAACUGCAGAAUCCUAUUAAAUCCUGCAUGUCAUCAUCCGAGACUUACAAAGCCCUUCAGAGUCACAUGGAUGUCUGUCAGAGUCUGGAGCAGCUGAAAGGCAACAUUCUGUCGCUGUCAGCUAGUGUCAGACGAAUCAGUGACAAGGAGCAUGCAGUGAGGGCUGUGACUGAGCUAAACACCAGCUACGAACAAGCCCUGGAGGAAGCAAAGGACAAGCAGAGCACUUUGGAAAACCUUCUUUCUAUGUGGCAAAAGUUUGAGAAGCAGCUUUCACACUUUGAGACCUGCCUGGAGAGAAGUGAAUCUGCAUCUAAACCAGAAAGUCAGUGUCUUUCUGCUGACAAAGCCAAACUAUGCAAUGAGAUACAGGAUUUGCAGGCUCUGCAACAUGAGGUAGAGUCUCUUAAGAAGGCCCACGAUGACUUGGUCUCUCUGGGGGUAUUGUUGUACCCCACAGCACCAGAGGAGAAUGUUAUAGAGCUUAAAGAUAAGCUUCAGACUCUACAGCAAAGAGUGCUGGUCCAACAGGAAGUCAUCCCUCAAAGGAUCACAGAGCUUCAGAGCCACGUUUCAUUGGUGGACCAGUUUGACCGGGAUCUUCUUAAAUUCUCUGAGUGGAGUGAGAACAAACUCUCUAACCUCCAUACAGCUCCUCAGAUCAACAUUGGUAACCUAAAGGGCUCAUCCACGCAAGUAAAGGAAACAAAGUUGGCUCUACAGCAGCAGUCCAGCAUGAAGCAAAGCUUAGAGGAACAGUCUGAGAAGCUCUGCAAGAUCUGUGAGCCCGGUGAUGCGCAAAUCCUCAAUAACAGAGUAGAAAGCUGUCUUCAGUCUUACUGUGAGGCUCAACGUUUAGCUGAGCUGCAGUUCGAGUGCCUUGAGAAGCUGGAGACGUUCUUGCAGACUCACAGUGUGGUGGCUGGAGUUCUGCAGGGUCUCGGACAGACUGUGGAGAACGCUGGGAGCUGGGACCGUGGGAGGGUAGAGGAGCUUCAGCAAGAACUUGCCACUGUUAUUCCUGACAUAAGUAAUCUGGAGAGUUCAGCUGUCAAUCUGGACAGCAGCCUUUGUAAAGCUCAUCUCCACAUAGGGGCUGAAGAGGGUUCACGUAAAUCAUGCCGCUCGCUUGCUGAUUCACUGAGUGCUGAGUUGGAUACAGUCAGGAACCUGCUUGGCUCGAAGCAAAAUGAAGCGGAGGCCCUGGGUGUUUUGUGGACGUCAUUUCGACAGCGGAAAGAGCAGCUGCUCAAGGCUGUGGAGGACAUUGAGGAGAAAGCUGACCACCAGACCUUCAAAGAGCCCAGCUUGCAUGCUCUACAGCAACGACUUCGGUUCUUUAACCAGUUAGAGGACGAGCUCCAGUCACACCAGCAUGAAGAACAGUGGCUGAGGGACAAAGGCAACCAGCUGGCGCAGAGAGACGCAGAACUGGCAGGGGAGGUUUUGAGGGAAAUUAGUCUGCUGGAGACAACAUGGGAGGACACAAAGAGGCUGAUAGCAGAACGACAAGAACAUUGUAAUGUCCUUGCUGGGCUUAUGAGGGAAUACCAAACCCUGAAAACCAGCAUCAAUGGCAUCAUGGAGACAGCUGAACCUCUGGUAGACAUCAGCUCUGUUCUGAAGGAUUAUGAGGAAACCAAGAGAUCACUAACCAAGCAUCAAUCAUUGAAGGCAGAUAUGGGUGGCAAGCAGCGGGAACUGGAUCAGUUUUCAGGCAAGGGAAAACAACUCGUGACUGAACUGAAGAAGAUCCCAGAGUGCGAUUGUGAAAUGAUCAGAAAAGAUGUGGAGAAAACUGUUGAUCACUGGCUGGAUGUGUCUGAGAAAAUAGAAGAAAACAUUGAUCGGCUCCGUCACUGUCUUGAGUUGUGGGGUGAUGUGCUUAGCCUAAACGAGGACAUCGAGGGUUGGACGAGCAGUUGUGUGGUGGAACUGAACGAAAUCCUGAGCAAUUUCAGCAACAGUCAGAAGGUGUCAGAGAGGCUCUCUGGGCUACAGGGAGAAAUUAAAGAGAAGGAGCAGAAACUUGAUGUCCUCCAAACAAAAGUUUCCCAGCUGACCAAGUGCUAUCACAGCGAAGAUACUCCCGCUAAAUUGCAGGUUUUGGAGACUGACCUACGGAAGAAGAUCACUUCUGUUCAGAUGCUGCAUGAACAGAUUCAAGGGAACCUGACUGACUUCAGAUCUCAGCGUAAACAGCUAGAAGACUACAUCUCACAGAUGUCUGCUUGGCUAAAGAGCAUGGAAGACUCUUUGGUUUCCUCUCCAUCGGGAUCAGAUCCCGAGGACAUCUGCAGAGUAAAGGACCUUCAGAAAGAGCUUCAAAAUCAGCAGGGUAGUAUUGACUCAACCAGGGAGAGCCUCAACACACUGUGCAGAAAAUAUCCCUCUGAGGAGCUGGCCAGCUUAGGGUCGUCUCUCACUGACCUCAUCAAGGCGUAUGAGUCUGUGAACCAGCUCUCUGCGAGGAAACUCAACUCCUUACAAAACUGUCUUCAACAACACUUCAAUGAUCUUGUCCAGGAGUUCCAUCAGUGGCUUUCAGAGCAAAGAGAGAUUGUUAAAGAAUGCUCUGACCGAUCUGGAGACACUCAAAUUGUGGAACGUAAACUGCAAAAAAUCAAGGGCGCAAUGGACCGGGUGGAAGAAGGAGAGAUACGACUUAAGCAAGUCUGUGAGGAAGGAGAGAAACUUCUUCUUCAUCUGCCAAAAGCCAGUGCUGGGCAAGUCCAGCAACACCUUUCAUCCAUCCAGCAAGACUGGGACAGCUUUGUAGAGCAGUGCAAGCAGAACCAGCAGAUCCUUGAGGACAGUGCAUCCCUCAUGAAAGGGUUUGAGGGUCGCCUCAAGAAGCUGAAGUGUUGGUUGGAAAACAUGGAAAGCAGAAUUGCUACAGAUCUACUGGAAGCCAAACAGCGCGGCUCUGAAAGAGCUUUGACUGAGCAAGUGGAGGAAUACCAGAAGGAAGUGCUUAAAGAAAGGGAUUCAUUUGAGCGUCUCUGUCAGGAGGGACAGGCUCUAAACGAAGGCGGACGAGGGGAUGGAAGCGAGACCAGAGUCUCAGCUCAGCUGCAGUCCCAGCACCAGGCCUUGUUAAGGUGUGUUAGGGAGAGGCUGCGUAGCUGCCAGCUCACUUUACAGGAACAACAAGCCUUUGAAGAGACUCUGCAGACCACCUGGCUCUGGCUUAAUGGGGUGCAGGAGCGUCUGGCUUCUCUUAACAGCACUGUUGGCAAUAAAGAAACUCUAGAAAAAAGACUCGGUCUCGUACAGGAUAUCCUGCUAAUGAAGGGAGAGGGUGAGGUGAAACUCAACAUGACAGUUGGAAAAGGAGAACAGGUUUUAAAACACAGUAGGGUUGAGGAGCAGGAGACCAUAUCUUCACAGCUGCAGAACCUGAAGGAUGCAUGGGCCAACAUGUUAAUGACUGCAAUGAGCUGCCACAGUCGACUUGAGUGGACGGUGACCCAGUGGACCUCAUUUCAAGAAAAUAAAAGCCAGCUGCAGCAGUGGAUGGAGUCCGUUGAACAGGAGGUUGGGAGGGUUCAGCCUCAGCAACCGGGCCUCAAAGAGAAGAGUGCCUUACUUGAUCGGCUACGGGCCAUCCAAGCUGAUGUGGACACUCAUGCGACGGCUUUGUCACACCUAAGUGAGAAAGCCGUGGAGAUGCAUGAAAAAACUGGUGACCAAACAUUUGGACCGGAGUCAAGGGCGGAGCUCAACGCUCACUUCACUGAUCUAUCAGCUGUCAUCAAGGGUAAAGUGCAGUCCAUGCAAAAGAUUGUGUCUGAGCAUGAGCAGUACCUGGACGCUGUCAGAGACUUCAACGACUGGCUGAUUUCAGCAAAAGAGGAACUUCAGCGCUGGUCUGACUUGUCAGGAGACUCAGUGAACAUUAGAAGAAAGCUCUCCAAAGUACAGGAGCUCCUUGACUCUAAGCAGCGAGGCAGAGAAAGGCUGAAUCGUGUUCAGAGGUAUGGGGCAGUGGCAAGAGAUUACACAGGUUCAGGGGGCUAUGAGGCCAUGGAGCGAGAGGAAGCAACACUCUUGUCAUCAUGGGAGCAGUGGGAACGUGGAGCUCUACAGACCCGUGCAAGCCUGGAGACGGCCCUCUCACAGAUAUCAAGCUCAGAGCAAGAGUUCAGCAGCCUAUCAGUACAGCUGGAGCAGGAUCUUCAGGACUUUAGCGCUCAGCUACAGGGCUGCCGACAUCGACUGUGUCAGGCAGAGAAGAAAAACGAGGGAGAGGAAGCUGUCAAAGGCUGGCAAAUGGCAAAGGAUACUUUAGAGGAACUUGUCAAAGCCGAGGCGUUGUCUGAUCGUCUGAAGACUCAGCUUAAUGAUUUGUGCCGUUUCUCCAGAGAAAUAACCACCCAGUCUGAGAGAGUGUCUGCUCUGAUCAAAGACUAUAACAGUUUGUGUCUUCAAGCCACCAGAGAUUGUCAGAGUAAAGAAAAGGUGCUGGAUCAAGGCUUCCGCUCUUCUUUCAGGGAAUUUCAGCAAUGGUUGGUUAAUGCUAAGAUCAAUACCGCCAAAUGUUUUGACGCACCUCAAAAUCUCAGCGAAGCCUCGUCUAGUUUCCAGAAGAUUCAGGAGUUUCUUAAUGACAAAGAACAGGGUCAGUCCAAGCUGAAUGCUGUGUUUGUAAAUGGAGAGCUUGUCUGUAGCAUCGCAGCUAAAGACAAAGCCGAUGCAGUUCGGGGGAAAAUGAACACGGCCCGAGAAGACUGGAAACACAUCAUGACCAGUCUGCACAACAGAGAGACAAGUUUGCUGAACCUGAUUUUGCAGAUGAAGGAUUUUGAGGCAAGUGCAGAGCCUCUUCAGGACAGUUUGAAUGCCACAGAGCUGGCUGUACAGGAGAGUAGCACACGACUUUAUGAUCUCACGGCAAAAAAGCAGGAGCUUCAUAAACUGCAGUCUGUGCUUGAGGAGUUAGCUUCUCACAAGGUUCAGCUGAACAAGCUGAAGGAGAAGGCACAACUAUUGUGGGAUGAACACUCGGCCGGGAAGGGCUUUGUGCACCGUGUCUCGCAGCUAUCCGCUCAGUGCCUAGCUUUAACCAACCUCACCAAGGAAAAGGCCUCCCGCAUUGAUCGGAUCGUUACAGAGCACCAGCUUUUCUCCCAAGGGUUAGAGGAGCUGCAGAACUGGGUGGCUGACACCAGCCAUAUGCUGCAGACUUACAGCGCUCCGACGGCUGACAAAAAUGUACUAGAUAGCAGAAUGAUCAAGCUGGAGGCUUUGCUGACUGCUCGCCAGGAGAAGGAGAUCCAGCUGAAGAUGCUGAUCACAAGAGGAGAGUCAGUGCAGAGAAACACCUCAGCUGAAGGAGUGCCACUAAUCCAAAAACAAAUACAGGAGCUUAAAGACUCCUGGGAUGCUCUGCUUUCUGCCGCAAUUCUUUGCAAAAGUCAGCUGGAAGGUUCGCUGUCUCAGUGGACAAGUUACCAAGAGGACGUGCGUCAGUUUCUGGCUUGGAUUGAGCAGGUGGAGGAAAGCCUUGAGGUCACCGAUAAGCUGUGUCCAGAGAUGAGAGACAAAACGGCUAAUCUGAGCAAAGCAAAGCUGCUUUAUGAGGAGGUGCUCAGCCACAACAGUCUCCUGGAAACCAUUACUGCAAAGAGCGCUAGAAUCACUGAAAACUAUGUUACUCAGCUGGAGCUGCAAGAACUUCAGGAGCGGUAUAAAACCGCCAAAGACAACGCUAUGAGGGCAGUUGGCAAAGCAGAGGAAUUGGUGAAAGCUCAUCAAGAGUAUCAGUGGGACCUUCGUUCCUUUGAGGAGUGGCUGAAGCAAGAAGAAGAGAAGCUCAGCUGCUACACCCAGCUGGAAGGAGAUGUUGAUAUGCUGGAGGAAACACUCCAAAAGCUGCAGGAACUGCAGCUGCACUGCACCGAAGGCCAGGCUUUGCUGAACACCUUGUUGCUGAGUCGUGAACUUGUGGUCCCCUGGGGUCUCCCUCAGAUCGAGGACCGAGCCCUUGAGACCCUCCAGCAGGAGUGGAGGCUCUAUCAGGCUCAGCUGGCUGACACCCGUGCUCAGCUGAACAGCGCUCUGGCCAAACUUCGACAGAUGGAGCAGAAGUUCCAGCGUCUUGACAGUUGGCUGAAAGGCAUGGAAACCAAAGCUCAGCUGCGUUCUAACCGGCGGUCUGACCGCGCCACGAAGAGCGCUCAGUUACAGAUGGUGAAGAGCUGGCAGGAAGAGGUGCUUGUUUAUCAGGAGGAAAUGGAGGGCCUUACGCUUUUGGCUCAGCAAGUUCUGGAUGAAACCCAUAUAAGCAGCCGGAUCAGUAGCAGAGCCACCCAGAUCACAGCCCGCUACCACGCCCUGCUACUGCAAUUAUUGGAAACAAUCAAACAGCUCCAGGAGGAGAUGACUUCAAUCGAAGAAUCACAGUGUGUCUUCACCACCUUCACAGAGUGGCUCAGCGCAGCUCAGAAUAACUUCAGCACGGUGGCCAUUAGCAUUGACGUAGUAGAUCGUUUUGCUUUAGAGAGAAAAAUGAAGAAACUUGAGACUCUGCAGGGUGACAUGGAGCAGGGUCACACCUACCUAAAGGCAAUGAGGGAAAAGGCAGAAAAGGCGAUGACCUUCCUUGAAGAGCCUGAGGCAGACCAGCUGAGGGAGGAGGUGGACAUCCAACUUUUUCAGCUUGAGGAAUUAACCACUUCUCUACGCACAGAACACAGCUCCCUGGAGAAAUAUAUCUCACUCUCCAAAGACUUUAUGGAUAAAUAUAAAACACAAGCCCAGUGGGUGAAGGAGACAAAGAACUUUUUAGCAGCAAGUUUAGAACCAAAAACUGAACUCUACCAGAAAAAAGCUCAGUUGGCAAAAUAUAAGACUAUUCAGCAGACUGUUGAAUCCCACGAACCAGCUGUGAAAUGUGUCAUUGAGAAAGGAGAGGCUUUACUCAAUUCCUUUAACGACCCCAAGAUCGGCGAAAACAUGAAAAAGUUACAGACCGACUAUCAAGACCUUUGUUUGGCAGCUAAGACGCAUGUGCAGAGCCUGAUGGAAUGGGUCAAAGAACAUGAAGAUUACAACAGCGAGCUGCAGGAAGCUGAGAAAUGGUUGUUGCAGAUGUCCAGCAGGCUGGUGACCUCAGACUCGAUGCAAACCGGAAACAUGGAGAUGGCUACCCAACAACUGGCCCGGCAUAAGGCCAUAAUGGAGGAAAUUUCUAGUUUUGAGGAGCGUCUGACCAGCUUGAAGCAGAAAGGAGAAGAUCUGAUUGCUGGCUGUACAGAUCAAGCUCAAGUUCAAGCUAAGAUUAGUCAACAAGUGCAGGCCCACCUACAGGGGACAACAGACAGCUACUCUGCCAUAUGCAGCACCGCCCAGCGUGUCUACCAAAGUCUGGACCGGGAGUUGCAAAAAUAUGUCAGUCAUCAAGACACUCUGCAGCAGUGCCAAACAUGGCUCCUAACAGUAAAAGAAGAAGUUCAGCUCAAUGAUCAGGGACCGACGGGGCUACAGGAAGCUCUGAAGCAGGUGAAGCACUACAGAGCCCUUCAGGAGCAGGCCAGCACAUAUCUGGACCUGGUGUGUUCGGUGUGCGAUCUGUCUCAUGAUGCUGUGAGAGUCGCAGCUGCUGAAGUCCAACAAAUCAAACUCACGAUCGAGGAAAGGAUGUCAACUGCACAUGAACUUUCAGAGAGUUGGAGAGAGAUCAAAGAGCAGAAACAAGAUCUAACAAGCUUGUUCCAAGACAUGGAGCAGCAGCUUCUCAGCCUCUCCAGGAGACCAGCAGAACUGGAGACUAAGAUUGCUCAAAACAUGUUGUUGCAAGCCAAGGAAUGCUGCCAGCAGCUGCAGUCCAAACAGAGCACCCUCAGUAAAAUGACAGAGACCGUGAGCAGACUGAUCGGUGGCCAGGACACUUCAGAACAUGCAGAGCUUGAUCGUCUUAGCCAUUCCUGGCUCGAGCUUUGCCACCAGGCGAAAAAGCUGCAGACACAAAGAGAGGAGGACCUGCAGCGAUCCAAAGAUUACCAUGACUGCAUCACUGCAGUGGAGACGCUGUUUGAGCAAGUGUCCAAAGAGUGGGACAAUCUGGCGAGAACUGAUGCUGAAAGUUCAUCUCAGCACCUGGAGGCAUUACGAAAACUUGCUGUGACUCUAGAGCAACAAAAAGGAGCCCUUGAAGACCUUAAAGAGCAGAAACAGAAAGUCAUCCAACACCUGAACUUGGACGAUAAAGAGCUAGUGAAAGAGCAAAUCAGUCAUUUUGAGCAGCGAUGGUCUCAGAUGCAGCAACUAAUCGAAAGAAAAAUACAGGACUCCAUGGUUACACUUGAGGACAUGAGUCAGGUGGAGGGUCGCCUGAGAGAGGCUAGAGACUGGGCUGAGGAGCAGCAGCCUGCCUUGUCUGAAGCCAUGAAAAUGAGCCCCCCGCCCGAACUGGCUCAAAGUUUCCUAUUUGACCACCUGAGCAUCUGCAGUGAACUUGAGGCAAAGCAGCUCCUCCUGGCGCAGGCCAUGGCCGACGCUGACAGGGUGCUGCCACGGCUGGGCCUCAGCGAACGCCAGCAUCUCCAGCAGCUGAUUUCCGACACGCAGUCAGAAGUUGAGUCUCUGAGCGUCAAAGUGGUGCAGCGAAGAAAACACCUCAGCAAGGCUUUUACAGAGAGGACGCAGUUCCUAAUGGCUGUCAAUCAGUCAAUCUGCUGGGUUCAGCAGAAUGAGAAGAAGGCUCAGGCAGAGGAAUACAUCGCUUUGUUACCCGAUGAUCUGGCUAAGCAGGUACGAACAUGCAGGAACAUCCAAAGCAGCCUGAAAGCCUAUCAGAGCGAACUAACCUCGCUGUGGUCUCAGGGGAGAGACCUGAUGAGGGAAGCCAGCGAGGAGGAAAGAAAUGAGAUUCUCACAAAGUUGCAAGAGUUACAAAAUAUCUUUGACAGAACUCUGCACAGGUGUGGCCAGAAACUACAGGAGCUUGAAAAGGUACUUGUCUCGAGAAAGUAUUUUAAGACAGAUUUAGAGAAAAUUUGCCAAUGGUUAAAGCAAGCUGACAUUAUCACAUUUCCUGAGAUAAACCUGAUGGUGGGAGAUGCUGAACUUCAAGCACAGCUACUGAAGUACCAGCAGAUAAUCGAGCAGGCGGUGGAGUAUGAGAAUCUUCUGCUAAUUGUACAGAGAGCAGGCCAGGAGAUACUGCCCACUCUGAAUGAAGUAGAUCACUGCUAUUUGGAUGAAAAACUCAACACCCUCCCUCAGCAGUACAACAGCAUACUAGCCCUAGCCAAAGAGAAACAGGAGAAAAUCCAACAGGCCAUUCUCACCAGGAACGAGUACACGUCUUUCAUAGAUGUCACUCACAAAGCACUGAAAGAACUUGAGGACCAGUUCAACACUUUGGGGACUCAACCCGUCGGCUUGCAAACGGAAGAGGUCGUCAAUUUGCAAAGCGAUUACAAAGCGAUCCUGGCAGAUCUCAGCAACCUUGGUCUGGCUGUAAGCGAGCUGAAUCAGAAGAAAGAGGGAUUUCGUAGCACAGGGCAGCCUUGGCGCCCAGAAGAAAUGACCCAGCUUGUGAGUUUGUAUAAUGGAUUAAAGAGGUUGAUCGAACAGAAAGUUGAGCAUCUGGACGAGACUUUAGAGUCUUUCGAGGACCACAAGGCGAUGGCUAUGCAGGUCGACUCUGAGUUGAAGGCGACAAAAGAGCAGCUUGUAAAAGUUAACGCAGAGACCCAAUCUGCUGAAGAGAGACUGAAAAACUACCAUGCUCUGGCAGGAAGCCUUCAAAGCGCCAACUCCCACUUGUCAAGGCUUAUGGAGCAGAUGGACUCUCUUGCACCCCGUGUGGACCAAGCAGCUCAUGACGCCUCCAAAGAGCAGGUGAUUUUGUGGCAGGAAGAGCUGCGAUCCCUGCAGGCUGCAGUAGGCGAGCUGAUUGAAGAAUGCGAGAACAGGUUUGUUCAAAGCAAAGACUUUGAGACGGAGAUGAAGAGGACCCUGGAUUGGCUGCAGCAGAUCAGGGAUGAGCUCAGCUGUGCUGUCAUCGUUGAUGUCAGAGUGGAGAAAGUGCAGGAGGAGAUCCGAAAACAGCAAAUCCUACAGGAGGAAGUCCAGUCCAGACUCAGAAUAGUGGCCGCUCUCAGUAGCCAAGAGAAACAGGAGUAUAUUAGUGCCAAUGAGCUGGUCCCCGCACAUGUGGACAUGAGCCUUGAGGAAAUGGCUAAACUACAAGCAGAUGUCCAGAAAGCUCUGAGUGCCAAACAGAUUACUUUGGAGGAAGCCCUGGUACUGUGUCAGAAGUACCACUUCAGGAUGCAGUCGGCCUGUGAAUGGCUGGAGGACGCUGUCUCUUUCCUUCAGCAAGCAAGCUUGGGAGUCGACGUAGAGAACUAUGAGGAGUGUCUUCGGCAGCAGGCGGACAUCCUGUCGACAGAGCAGGAGUUUCUCAUCCAUCUGGAGGAGCUGCAGACCCUCCUUCCUCAGCUUGAGAAGCUGGUGAACCCCACAGCUAAGGAGCAGCUGAGAGUGAGCGUGGAGUCGGCGAAGCAGAGAGGAGUAGAGGUUCGAGAUCAGCUCCAGUGUCACCACGAUGUCCUACACAGUUGUGUGACCCAGUGGAAGUUAUUCCAAGAAGCAAGACAGACUGUCAUCGAGUUAAUGAACGAGGCUGAAAAGAAGCUGACCGAAUUUUCAACAGCAAAGGCAGCCACCAACCAGGAGGCUGAAGACAAGCUAUGUACUCACAGGUCCCUUGUAUCGCUCGUGAACGGGUUUCAAGAGAAGCUCAGUGGUUUAGAGGAACAAGCGGCUCAGCUGGAACUGGUGGGCAGCGACGCCAGCAAGGCCACCAUAAGUCGCUCCAUGACCACCGUGUGGCAGCGCUGGACACGGCUACGCAGCGUGGCGAGGGGACAGGAAAGAGUACUUGAGGACACAGCACAGGAGUGGAGGACUUUCAGAGAAAAGAUGGUGAAAGUCAGAGGCGUCUGUGAUGAGCUCCAGAGUCGCUUCCCGGACAGCGCUGUGGAGAAGGCUUCCAAAGCCACUCUGCAGUCUUUGUUGGACCAGCAUGAUUUACUGAGUCAGGACCUGGAGAGAGAGCUCUCCUCACUCAUGCUGUUGAGACAAUAUGCCCUCAGUCUGCUGCAUGAUGUGGAGGUCCCGUCACCAACAGCAGAGCAAGAUGAGCUACCCAGCUUAAGGGAGAUCAGGGUGGUCCAGGACCAAAUGGAAGGCCUUUUAACACAGUCCAGGACCAAGCGAGCCCAGGCUGCUCAGGAAUUAAGGGAAAGAGAGGAAGUGGAGAAGGAGCUCAGUGUGGUGAAAGCCUGGAUCCAGGAGACCAGAGAGCUUCUUCUCAAUCCCACACCGGAUAUUGAUUCUCUGUUACAGGAGCUUGAGGUCGUUCAUGGGGAAGUGAUCAAUUAUCGGCAGAAUGUGGACAAGUUAGCCGAACAACAGCAAAGCAAGUACCUGGAUCUUUACACAAUACUCCCUUCUGAAAUCUCCAUGCAACUUGCUGAGGUCUCACUUGCGCUGGGGGCUAUUGAAGAUCAGGUUCUAUGUAAAGAGAGAGAGUAUCAGAGAACUAGAGAAAUAAAGGAGGACUUGAGCUCAAGAAUCCACGCCAUGUCAGAAAAACUAAAGAUGAUCUCAAAUAAGUUUAAGGUGAAAUCUCCUGAUGUUGACCAUGCUAAAGAAGAGGUCAAGAGUCUUUUUGAAGAUCUGGACUCUUGUGGACGCACAUUAUCAGAGCUGGAUGCCGCUGUACAGGAGUUUGGCCGCAGAAACCCCCUGCUGGCCAAACAGCUCAGUGAUGCUAUAAACAAGCUGUCAGAGAUGCAUCACCACACCACUCGGUUAGCAGACUGUCGAAACAACUGGCUCAAAAAGGCUGUCUGCUAUUUAGAUGAGUAUAAUGAGAUGCUGGACUUCAUCGUGAGGUGGUCAGAGAAGGCUAAAAGCCUGGUGAGAGCAAACAUCAUCUGGAACAGCUCCGUUCACCUGCAGGAGCAAAUACGGAUGUAUCAGGCUGUCUUCCGUGAGUCUAGAGAGCUCCAUAGCGACCUGGAGUCUAUGGCAGAGAAAGUGGACCUUCUGUCUGAGGUGCUGCAGGUGGAGUCCAUGAGCCAGGAGGUCUGUGAACUCAGCAGACACACAGAUGAGCUUCAACAAAGCAUAAAGACUCGACUGCAGAGCCUCCAAGAUGCACACAAGAGCAUGGAAGCACUGGAGUUUGAAGUCAAGGCCCUACAUGUUGCUCUGGAGCAGGUCCAAGCCACGCUGACGUCACCAGAGUUAGCACGACAGAGCCUCAAGGAACAACUCACUCAAAGACAGAGUUUACUAGCUGAUAUGGAGAGCUUCAAGCAGCAGGUGCAGGCAGUACAGCUGUGCCAGAGUGCCCUCCUGGUCCCGGAGGAGGUCAUGCCCAACCUCGCCAUCUGUCGCACGGCUCUUCGUCUGCAGCAAGAAGCAAGUCAUUUGCAGCAUGUGGCGAUACAACAAUGCAACAUACUACAGGAGGCAGUGGUUCAAUAUGAGCAAUAUGAACAAGAGGUGAGAGAUUUGCAGGGACUGAUAGAGGAAGCACAUCGGGUCAUUCAGGAGCGACCCAUCCCCUCUAGUAACAUCCAGGAGCUGCAAGCCCAGAUUUUGCACCAUGAGGAACUUGCUCAGAGGAUUAAAGGCUAUCAGGAGCAAAUUGCUUCACUGAAUUCAAAGUGCAAAAUGUUGGCAGUGAAGGCCAAGCAUGCCACCAUGCUGCUAACUGUCAGUGAUGUAGAAGGACUUCCUGAGGGGCUGGAGGAAAUGGAUGAAGAAAAGACCAGGAAAUCUGUCAGUAUGACGGCUGGUCGUUGUCACACUCUGUUGUCACCUGUUACUGAGGAGUCUGGGGAGGAAGGCACCAACAGCGAGGUCUCCUCUUCUCCCUUGUGUCGUUCUCCUUCUCCUGUCUCUCACACUGAAGGCCCUAUCCUCAAGGUUGGACGUGGAACCCUCACAAGAGCUCCAGUUCAGGAGUUAUAUGACCCAACAUUUGAGUCUGUGGCAAACUUGGAUGACCUACAGCGCUCAUGGGAGACUUUAAAAAACGUGAUAAGUGAGAAGCAGAGAUCCUUGUAUGAAGCUUUGGAAAAACAGCAGCAUUACCAAGGUUCUCUGCAGUCCAUUUCCUCUAUAAUGGAAACACUGGAGUCUAAGCUCAGUGAACCUUUGGAGGCAGACAAAAGCCCAGAUAGCCACAUGAAAGUCCAUGAGGAUCUCAUGCAGGAGAUACAGAGAGUCCAGGAAGAAAUCGAUAGGCUGCAGGCAGGCUUCACAGAGGACAUUGCUACCAAUGCUGUGGACUCCGAUUUGGCUGACCACCUUGCUAUGCAGUCUUCUCUGGCUGUGUUGGCAGAGAGAAUGGCAACCAUCCAUAUGAAAGCUUCUGGGAAACAACAACUACUGGAGGAGCGCGCCACUGACAAUAUGGAGGUUCAGCAUCAGGAGCGAGCUUUGCAGACGUAUCUCACCCAAGCAGCUGAGCUGGAUGAGUGGUUGACCAGAACUCGAACUGCUGCAAUGCCCAUUCUUCACACUAGUCCUGCAGACGAGACGGAUGAAAAAUAUCAGCUCACAGAAUGCCAGAACAUGCUGGUGGAGAUUGAAGAAAAGGUGCUGGCCCUCACAGAGCUGUCGGUGCGCAGCGAGAACCUGCUGCGGGAGGGCCGAACAGACACCAGAGAGGAGGCUGAGGAGUUGGCUGCAAGGUUACGCACGUUAAAGGGUGGUUUAAUGGAGCUACAGAGAAUUCUACAGGACAAACAGCUUAACAUGCAGGGUUCACUACAGGAGCCAGAAGAUAGUGAAUCAGACUCCAGUCUUUCUUCAAGUUCCAGUGUGCAGGACUGGCUGGCCCAGGCUCGGACCACACGGACACAACACCAUGAAGACAGUCUGCAGAGACAGAAGGAUCUGGAAGAGCAGCUUGCAGAGCAGAAAAAGCUGCUUCAGUCAGUCGCCAGCAGAGGGGAGGAAAUUCUCAUCCAGCAGUCAUCACCCAGUAGUUCCAGCACUACGGAGCCAUUUUCCCCGGCAGCUUUGUCUGAGAGCAGAGCAGACCAGAUGAAGCAGAGAUGGGAAAGCCUCGGACUUGAGCUCAGAACUAAAUUACAGCUUUUACAAAAAACUCUGGAGCAGGACCAGAAGCAGCCAGUGUUUUCUAGAGCUACUCGUGUAACAUCAGCUGGGCCAAUGUUUAAAGGAGACACCAAACCCGAUAACUCCUCUCUGCAAACUCUCUAUGACAGCUUCAGACAGACGGUUGAAGAAAUGACCACUCAGGCUGGCGGUGGAGCUGAAACACAGGUGGCUCAGAUGGAGCAGCAGCUCUUCACAGCCGUGUCAACCACUUCCUCCUGGCUGGAUGGUGUCGAAAACAACGUCUUCUCCAGCCCGGUGCUCUUAGCUGAAAAUUCAGAGACCCAAUUACAGAAUCAAGAGAACCUUGAAAAUGAAGUGAGACAUCUGACAGAAGAGGUUAAGCUCAGCCAGGCUCUGCUAGCCGGAUCUUCCAGGUUAAAACGUGAAGACCAGGUGCUGCUGGAAGACAAUCUGGACUGCCUUAAAGAGAGAUUAGGAACUAUUGGUGAUGCUCUGGCUCAACGACUUGACCACAUGAGGACCCGAGCACAUGAGCUCACUGCCUACCAGACUGAGCUGCAGCUUCUCCAAACUGCUUUAAUUGAGACCAAAUGCCAGAUCCUCCAAGCCCUAGCCGGAGCAAUGGAUAGACCAGCUUCGAAGCAAAUGGAGGUCAUUGCAAGUGCCGAGGAAACCUUGAAAGAUUUUGAGCAGAGAAUCACAGAGCUGAAAACCAGAGGAGCAGCACUGCAGGCAGAUCAGAUUUCAGCAAACAAAUUGCUUAAACUGCAGGAUUCAUAUGAGGAGCUAUUGAUGACAGUGGGUUCGAGACGCGGCGGGCUGAACCAAAACAUCGCUCUGAAGGAGCAGUAUGAGCGUGCUCUGCAGGACUUGACUGACCUGGUUGACACAGCAAAGGACAAAAUGGCGGCUGAUCAGAGAAUUGUCGUUAGCUCUGUGGAGGAGGUGCAAAGUCAUCUUGACAAGCAUAAGGAGUUUUUCCAGGGUCUAGAGUCCCACAUGAUUCUAACAGAGACCUACUUUAGAAAGAUCAGUUGCCUCAUGCUUCCCAAAGAAAACCAAACCUUGGAGGAAACGCUUGCUGAGACCCGGCGGGUCCUAAAAGAAGCACACAGUAAAGGUGUUGAGCUGGAAAGCAUCCUGGAGACUUGGUGCCGUUUAGUGCAGGACUACCAGAAUCUGAACCGGCAGCUAGAAGCAGUAGAAGGCAGCAUCCCUUCUGCUGGUCUGGUGGAAGAAACUGAAGACAGAUUAAUGGACAGAAUCUCCUUGUAUCAGGGUCUAAAGGGAAGACUGACAGAGCACCAACACAAGCUCCACCAGGUGCUGGAUGAUGGUAGACAUCUGUUACAGUCAGUUAGCUGUCCAACACUGGAGAAUCAGCUGGCGCUGUUAGGGGAACACUGGCUUAACAAUACAACCAAGAUCAACAAGGAACUGCAGCGCCUGGAGGCAAUCCUGAAACACUGGACCAGGUAUCAAAAGGAGUGUGUGGAGAUCAGUGAGUGGCUCCAGUCUGCCCUGGAACGUCUGGAGUUUUGGAGCAUGCAGGCCGUCUUAGUCCCACAGGAGCUGGAAACUGUCAAGGACCAUCUAGCUGCCUUUCUUGAGUUUUCAAAAGAGGUCGAAGGGAAGUCAAGUCUCAAGAGUUCAGUAGUGUCAGAGGGAAACCAGCUGCUGCGGCUAAAGAAAGUGGACACAGUGGCGCUGCGCUCUGACUUGGCUCGCAUUGACAGUCAGUGGGCAGAGCUUCUCACACGCAUCCCAGUGGUUCAGGAGAAACUGCAUCAGGUCCAAAUGGAGAAGCUGGCCUCACGUCAUGCCAUUUCUGAGCUAAUUAACUGGAUAUCACUGAUGGAGAGUGUGAUUGAGGAAGACGAAGAAAACCUUAAGAGUGCCAUCGGAUCAAAUGUCAUUCAAGACUAUUUGCAAAAAUAUAAGGGAUUCAGAGUCGAUUUAAGCUGUAAGCAGCUGACUGUGGACUUUGUCAACCAGUCGGUUCUUCAGGUUGGUGGUCAGGAUGUUGAGAGUAAGCGAAGCGACAAAACCGACUUCGCUGAGCGUCUGGGAGCCAUGAAUCGACGCUGGCAGAUCCUGCAAGGCUGCAUCAGUGAGAGGAUCCAGCUCCUCGAGAGCCUUCUAAAGAUGUGGCUGGACUAUGAGAGCAGCGUUCAGAUCCUCAAGUCCUGGAUGACAGCUCAAGAAGAGCGAUUAAAGAGGAAACACAGAAUAGAAGAUCUGAUUUCUGUGCAGAAUGCUCUCAAAGACUGCCAGGAAAUGGAAGAGCUGCUGAAAGAUAAAGAGAAAGAACUGGAAAGGGUAGAGGAGCAGGGUUGUGCUCUCGUCCAGAACAAGACAGAUGAAGCCUGUGCUAUCGUCAUGGAGACCCUCCAAAGUGUCAAUCACACCUGGGCCAAUCUGGACCACUUGAUAGGACAGUUAAAGAUCAGCCUGACUUCAGUUUUGGAUCAGCGGAGCCUGUAUAAACGGGCUUCAGAGGAGAUCAACGGCUAUCUGAUGGAAGGAAGAUAUUCUGUAUCACGUUUCCGCCUCCUCACUGGCUCCCUGGAGGCUGUUCAGCUGCAGGUGCAAAGUUUGCAGGAUCUCCAAGAAGAACUGGAGAAACAGGAAAGCAGCCUGAGAAAGUUUGGUGCUGUGACACAUCAACUGCUGAGGGAGUGUCAUCCUUCAGUGUCAGAUACCCUCAACAAUGCCCUCAAGGAUGUCAAUGCAAGAUGGACUGGCCUACUGGAGGAGAUAGCAGAGCGUCUUAAGAGCAGUAAAGCUCUGCUUCAGCUGUGGCAGCGCUACAAAGAACUUCAUGAGCAAAGCUGCAGCAGCAUUCAGCUUCAGGAGGAAAACGCUGACCAGCUCCUGAAGAGCACCUGCAGAAAGGACAUUGCUGAUGAGGAAGUUUCCAACUGGAUCCGAGAAUGCAGCGAGUUGCUGCGAUUGCAAGUUCCAGUGCAGGCCUCCCUUCAGAUUCUGCAAGAACUUGGAGAGCAGCUUAAACAACAGGUGGACACCUCGGCAGCAUCUGCUAUCCAAUCAGACCACCUCUCUCUCAUCCAGCGGCUUGCUGGGGUGGAAAAGGCCCUCAACAGACAGCUCACCACCUUGCAGACUGGAGUUCAAGACUUUGAAACCUUUAAUAAACAACUGGAGUAUUUGGGCUCCUGGUUAAUUGAUGCUGAGGAGGCUUUGAGAGCACAAGAUCCCAACGGCUGCACUGAGCUGACCGUCAUCCAGGACCGUAUGGAGGAGCUCAAGAAGCUCAUGCUGAAAUUUAGCAGCAUGUCCCCUGAAUUGGAGCAUCUUAACGAGCUUGGUUAUCGACUCCCUCUGAAUGAUUUGGAGAUCAAGCGCAUGCAGAACCUCAAUAGAAGCUGGUCGGCAGCUUCGACACAAACAACGGAGAGAUUCAGCAAGCUACAGUCAAUCCUCCUGCAGCAACAGACCUUCCUUGAAAAAUGUGAAACAUGGAUGGACUUCCUGCUGCAGACAGAAGAGAAUCUUGCUGUAGAAAUUUCUGGGAACUACCAGAGUUUAGUAGAUCAGCAGAAAGCCCAUGAGUUAUUCCAAGCUGAAAUGUUCAGCCGGCAGCAGAUCCUCCAUUCUAUUAUCAGUGAUGGACAGAGGAUGUUAGAACAAGGUCAAGUGGAUGACAGAGAUGAGUUCAACAUGAAGCUGACUCUUCUGAGUAACCAGUGGCAAGGCGUAGUGCGACGUGCUCAGCAGAGGCGGGGGAUCAUUGAUGGCCUCAUUCGUCAGUGGCAGCGCUACAGAGAAAUGGUGGAGAAGCUGCACAAAUGGAUUUUGGAAGUCUCCCAUCCUGCAGAGAUGCUUCAGGCUGGAAAUACAGUUCCUCUACAACAAGCUCGCUCUAUGCUUGAUGCUGUUCUGCUGAAAGAAAAGGUGCUGCAGCGUCAGCAGGGCAGCUACAUCCUGACGAUAGAGACUGGCAGACAGCUACUUCUGUCGGCAGACAGCAGAGCAGAGGUGACCUUGCAGACGGAGCUGACAGACAUCCAGGACAGAUGGAAACAAGCCAGCACAUGCCUAGAGGAUCGAAGGAAACAGCUGAGCUCACUUCUGAAGGACUGGGAAAGAUGUGAGAGAGGAAUUGGAGGAUCGCUUGAAAAACUCAGAGCCUUCAAACGACAGCUUUCUCAACCCCUUCCUGAUCACCAUGAAGAUCUCCAAGCUGAGCAGAUGCGCUGCAAGGAUUUAGAAAACACAUUUGAGGGCUGGACUGGAGAUUUGGCCCAUUUGACUCUACUUAGAGAGUCUCUGUCCUGUUAUAUCAGUGCAGAGGAUCUUUCUGCUCUGCAGGAGCGUAUUGAACUUCUGCAUCGACAAUGGGAUGAAAUCUGCCAUCAGCUCUCCCUGCGCAGGCAGCAGGUGAGUGAGAAGCUGAAUGAGUGGACCGUUUUCACUGAGAAGUACAAGGGGCUCUGUGAGUGGCUCACCAGCAUGGAGAGUAAGGUGGCGCAGAACGGAGACAUCAGCAUUGAGGAGAUGAUUGAAAAGCUCCGUAAGGAUUACCAGGAGGAGAUAACAGUUGCAGAGGCGAAUAAGAGGCAUUUGCAUCAGCUUGGGGAGCGUCUUGCCAAGGCCAGUCAUAAGACCAAAGCAGUGGAAAUUGAACAAAAGCUGAACAAAGUCAGCGACCGCUGGCAACACCUCCUGGAUCUCAUCGGAGCCAGAGUGAAGAAGCUGAAGGAAACUCUGGUGGCCGUGCAGCAGCUGGAUAAGAACAUGAACAGCCUGCGCUCUUGGCUCGCUCACAUUGAGGGAGAGCUGUCUCAACCCAUCGCCUAUGACUCCUGUGACUUCCAAGAGAUUCAGAGGAAGCUUGAUCUGCAGCAGGAGCUUCAGCGUGACAUAGAGAAGCACAGCACCGGCGUCGCGUCAGUGUUGAAUUUAUGCGAAGUGCUCCUGCAUGACUGCGAUGCUUGUGCCACCGAUGUGGAGUGUGACUCAAUCCAGCAGGCAACUCGCAGCCUCGAUCGCCGCUGGAGGAGCAUCUGUGCCUUGUCCAUGGAGAGGAGACUAAAGAUUGAGGAGACCUGGCGUUUGUGGCAGAAAUUUCUGGAAGACUUUGCACGUUUUGAUGAGUGGCUGGCCACUUCAGAGAAAACUGCAGCGUUGCCCAACUCAUCGGGUGUGCUCUACACUGUAGCCAAAGAGGAACUGAAGAAAUUUGAGACCUUCCAGAGACAAGUUCAUGAAAGCCUGACGCAGCUGGAGGUAAUCAACAAGCAAUACCGCCGCCUGGCCAGAGAAAACCGCACAGACGCCUCCUGUCGUCUGAGGGAAAUGGCUCACGACGCCAAUCAGAGAUGGGACAACCUGCAGACACGUGUGGCCUCCAUCAUUCGCAGACUUAAGCACUUUAUAAAUCAGAGAGAGGAGUUUGAAACGGCCAGAGAUGGUAUCUUAGUGUGGCUGACAGAGAUGGACCUUCAGCUCACCAACAUUGAACACUUCUCAGAGUGUGACAUUCAGGCCAAGAUCAAACAACUCAGGUCGUUCCAGCAGGAGAUUUCUCUAACAACAGCCAAGAUUGAGCACAUCUUCCACCAGGGGGAGGCGCUGAUAGAGAAAAGCGAGCCUCUGGAUGCUGCUGUCAUAGAGGAAGAGCUGGAGGAGCUUCAGCGCUACUGUCAGGAAGUUUUUGGGCGAGUCGAGCGCUACUAUAAAAAGCUCAUUCGUCUUCCACUUGCAGAUGAUGAUACUGAAGUGUCAUUCUCUGAUCGUGAGCUGGAGCUGGAUGAACCUGGAGAUUUGUCCAGCCUACCAUGGAAUGAGCGUUUGGGGGAUGGUUUCCUUUCCCCCCUGCCCUCCUCUGGGCGCUCAGCCUCCCUGGCAGCUCAGCUUCGGGCUGAACGCUCUGGCAGGGACACACCUGCAAGCGUGGACUCCAUCCCCCUUGAAUGGGACCAUGACUAUGACCUGAGCCGUGGCCUUGAGAGUGCGAGCAGAGCCCUCAGAGAGCAGCACAGUGAAGAGGGAGACUUCCUGCAGCGUCCCGCCUCUGGCCUGUCAGAUGUAGUGAUUCCAGAGAGCCCUGAGGCCUUUGUUAAACUAACAGAACAAACACUGAGGUCCUCCACUGGAGAGGCUGCCUCAGCAGAUUCCCAUAUGCAUCCCCUUGAUGCGAGUCGCUCCCACCUGCAGCAAACGGACAGCAGUCGCAGCCGAACUCCUUUAAGCACCGAAACAGAUGCAUCAUAUAUGGGCUAUAUGCGACUGUUGGGUGAGUGUCGUGGCAGCAUUGACACAGUGAAGAGGAUGGGCUCUGAGCUGAAAGACGAAGACGAUACAAUAUCUGGACUGGCAGAUCCUAGCAGUUCAGAGUCCCAGACAUCAGGUGUGAUUGAGCGCUGGGAGCUCCUGCAGGCUCAGGAUCUCAGUAAAGAGAUGCGCUCAAAGCAAAACCAGCAACAGUGGCACCAGCUGAACUCUGACCUGAACAAUAUUUGGACGUGGCUGGGUGGAACGGAGGAAGAGCUGGAGCAGCAGCAGAAGCUGGACGUCAGCACAGACUUCCAGAUGAUUGAGCUCCGCAUUAAAAAACUCAAGGAGCUUCAGAAGGCGUAUGACAAGCGCAAGUCUAUAGUCCUCUCCAUCAACCUGUGCAGUGCUGAGUUCCUGCAGUCAGACACAGAGGAAUCCCGCGAGCUGCAGGCCAAACUGAAAGACAUGAACAACAGCUGGGAUAAACUGGGCAGCUCUUUGGAUGAAUGGAGGGCCUCGCUUCAGGAGGCUCUCAUGCAGUGUCAGGACUUUCAUGAGACGAGCCACGGUCUGCUCCUCUGGUUGGAAAACAUCGAUCGCAGAAGGAAUGAGAUCGUCCCUAUUGAUCCGAUCCAGGACAGUGAUACUCUUCACGAACAUCAUAAGACGCUCACGCAAAUCCGCCAGGAGUUAUUGGACUCUCAGCUUAAAGUCGCCCCCCUACAAGACAUGUCCCUCCAGUUGCUGGUCAACUCUCAGGGAGGUGACUGUCUGGAGGCCAAGGAGAAGGUUCAUGUCAUCGGGAAUCGCCUCAAACUUUUACUAAAAGAAGUAACUCGAGACCUCAGAGAGCUCUCUAAACUGCUGGACAUCACAAGCAGCCAGCAGGAUUUGUCUUCUUGGUCGUCUGCUGAUGAGUUGGACACGUCUGGCUCCGUCAGUCCGGUAUCAGGAAGGAGUACACCGAGUCGGACACGAUCGCAACGGGGCAAAUGUAGUCUGUCACAGCCGGGACCGUCUGUGAGCAGUCCUCACCACAGGUCACGCAGCGGCGUUGGAUCCGCUUCCUCCCGUUCUGAUCUGGACUCAGCAAGAGGCCGUAGAUCCCCGUUCUGGUGCCGCGUCCUCUGGUUUGCGCUGCCUCUCCAGCUCCUCCUGCUGCUGCUGGUGGUCCUCGCCUUCCUGCUGCCGCUGGCAGAGGAGGACUACUGCACUCAGUCCAACAACUUUGCUCAUUCCUUUUACCCGAUGCUGAGCUACACGAAGGGCCCUCCUCCCGUCUAGCUGAGCUUCAAGACCAUCCUGCUUCUGUAAUUUGGCUUUCAUAUGACGGGAAGGAGAAAACACAGAAGAAUCUCUCCUGAGAAGCACGCAGGAUUCAGCUCUCUCUAUGUUCUGAAGUACUGUGUCCACUCAAGAUGUAAUUGGGUCUAUCUGGAGGAAUAGAUGAGACCAUCCUGUAUUUUUUUGAAGACUGUCAGUGGAAAGCACCAAAGUUAAAAGCUGAGCGAUAGCCUCAGACAACAAAAAGGAGCAUAAAAUAGUUUCCUCGCAUUUAUUUUUUUACCUGUACUUGGGCAUGUAGUUUUAAUAUUUUCUUUUUAUUUACUCACCUCUGUAAUUGUGUCUGUGGUGAACUGUCAAUUUUAACUUGAACUACAUACCUUCAUGUACGUCAAGCCAAGCCAAGUGUUUUAUCAUCAGAUACAGAUUAAGACUUUUAACCUUUAACACCAACCAUCCAUUGUCUUCUUACAUUCUGUAUUUUUAUUUUUUCAAAUGAUCUGAUAUCACAGAGAUUUAAACUUGUGACAAAUAGAACUACUGUAUAUUUUGUAUGACUAUUGGUUGAGUAUAAAAUAUAUAAGAGUCCAGAUUAUUUAACGUGUGUACAUAGUGCAGAAGGUGGAAAAAAAGGAUGUAAAUGCAAAUAUGAACAAUAAUGAAUGCCAAAUCCUCACUCU